GACUCUUUUAUAGUUCCAACAUGGCCAUGAACGCAGCACGGGCCUCCCAUUGUACGUUCCCUUUAAGUGCAGAUGAAAGUGUCGUUGUGUAAUUUGGGUGAAAGAGGAGGAGGAGGAGGAGCGGACUGAAUGGAGGACAGCCGGCGGUGACAGAUCGAAGAGGACUCGGAGAGGUACGGUUCUUCUCCUGUACAGGAGUGUGCAGAGAUGGAGCUGGGUGUUGCUAAAACGAUAAUGCUAGCCGGAGGUAUUGUGGCUCUGCCUGUCCUCGCCUUCAUCACCUCCCUCCUCUUCUGGCCUGGAGCGCUGCUAAAGGCCUACAACUGGUACUGGCGUCGCAGACUGGGCCUGGUGGUCCGCUACUCCUCCAGUGGAAGUUAUCGCUUCUGUUAUUCCAGCCGUGGGACACCAGGGGGCGCCACGCCAUCACUGCUGCUGCUGCAUGGCUUCUCAGCCACCAAGGACAUGUGGCUGCCCGUCGUCAGGUACCUCCCCAGACACUGUCAUCUGGUGUGUGUGGACAUGCCGGGACACGAGGGGACAAGUCGCACCAGCGCUGAGGACUACAGCAUCCAGGGUCAGGUCGGCCGCAUCCACCAGUUUGUGCAGAGCAUCGGUUUGGAUAAACAACCCUUCCACCUGGUUGGCACAUCCAUGGGCGGGAACGUCGCAGGGGUGUACGCUGCCCACUACCCCGCUCACCUGUCCAGCGUCACCUUGAUUUGCCCGGCAGGUCUGGUUUAUCCCACGGAGACGGAGUUCAUCAGCCACCUGAGGGAGAUGGAGAAGAGUCAAAAGGAGGAGUCGAUCCCUCUGAUCCCCACCACCCCUCAGGAGCUGGGGAACAUGCUGAAGCUCUGCUGUCACACCCCACCCAACCUCCCCCGCCCGGUCAUGCGAGGUCUCCUUGACAACAGGAUCCCCAACAACGGUUUCUACAGAGAGGUGUUCAUGGAGAUCGUCGGGGAGAAGUCUCGUCACUCUCUGCAGGAGAACCUGCAUCUGAUCACAGCGCCCCUGCAGGUCAUCUGGGGGAAGGAGGACCGGGUGCUGGAUGUUUCGGGAGCAGCAGUGCUGCAGGCGGCGCUGCCGAGCUGCCAGGUGGAGGUGCUGGAAAACUGCGGUCACUCUGUGGCGCUGGAGCGGCCGAGGAAAGCCGCCAAGCUCAUCACAGACUUCCUGUCUGCGCAGGAAGUCAAUGGAGGAGAUGCUAAGAAAAAUUCCUAAAGAAAAACCUUUGAACUGUGCGCUAACCCCCUGACCUCAGGCUGGAUGAUGACAGCGAGGAGAGUGAUUGUUAUUAUGAAGAUGAUGAUGUAGGUGAUGAUACUCUUGUAGUUUAUUAUAAGACUUUUCUACGACAGUGUUUACUUAUGUGGGAAUUAAAUCAAUGCACAAAAAUACCACUGAUUGUCAAAUAUUCCUCAGAUGUAUUUUUCAGUUUGGAUCACACUCAGCAUCAUGUAGGAGGCUGUAAUCUGUUGAUUUUGAAACAUUCCACAUUAGGAUUUUGCACAUUUCUUUGUCAGAAAACUGUAUUUCAGUCUCUUGUUUCAUUGAACAGCAGGUGUCUGUUUGUGUGUUAAGUCUCCUGCUGUGCACUGACUGUAUAUUUAACCUCAUACAAACACAUUCAGAGUGAAAUUCAGGAUGAAGAAUAUUGUAGGUGAAUGAGUCGUGUGAUUUCUAUGUGAUUUUUAUCUUUAAGGUUGGUUUAGAAACUGAAACAGUACAUGAACAAGGAGUGUUUAUGGACUACAGAAUUAAAACUAAUUAAGUUAAAAGAA